AAAAAGGAAGGAAAGGCAAAAGCAAGGCCGGCGGCAGCAGCGAAAGCUGCACAGUGAGUGCAGAUGUCGAGAGAGAGAGAGAAUUCAUUGCAGCAGAUGGGAGAGAAGGGUGGCAUUGGUGGUGGUAGCGAUAAUGGGUAUUGGUGGUGGGCCGUCGCAAGUUCGGCCCAAUUAACUUUGGCGAUCUCCUCUUACCGGAAAGGCUACGUCGGCGAUUCAUGUUUCAUGCCCUUCAAAGCCUUCUCCGUUGCCUCCCUCUUAGUCGGUGCCGGAGCAACCGCUGUCGCUGGGUUUCUGCACGCCUCCGGCAUUCGCACGGUAGAAGACCUGAAGGAGGUGGGGGGAAGCAUAAGGAAUGGAUUAGGGAUUCCUCCACGAGAAGCCAAAUAACUAAGAGCACUCUCUUGUUUUUGUUUUUGUUUACAGUGCAAAGACUGAGACAUGCUUUUGAAAAAAUCAGUGACUCCCCAAUUCCUCAAAAUCAUUAAUUUUUUAGGAAAUACUUUUGAGGGUUUGAUUCAUACAACCUAACACCCAGUCACCCACUAGGUUGUUUGAAAGGGGAAUCUGAAAGAGAAAAAGAUUUCCUAUUGACAUAUAUUUAUUGGUUUAGAGAAAAGAACUUUUGCAAUAGGAUCCAGAAAAAAAUUAAAUUCAUGCAAUACAUGAUAUGAUUGUGAUACA